AUGAAUAAAACAACGGAAAAGCAAGGAAAUCGGACGGCAUUCAUACGACAAUCAGCUCGAGUGUUACUAGUCGACUAUAGUACACCAUUUGACGCUGAUACAUGUGAAUACCUUCAGGAGACUUUGGUGAAUUUCUUUUCACUUGUGACGCACCUUAGCGGGCCUUGCAGAACGCCAUUCUUUGGUCUGAUUGCUCUCACAAGCCCUCCAGAGAACCUGUUUUACUUGCAACACGUCCGAGGAAACUUUCCCAAGCUUUACACUGCCUUUAAAGAACUCAACAACAUUGCAAAGGAUGUUUCACCAAGGGUCUCUUCUUCAGACGUCAUUGUACAAGGGCUCAAGGAAGCUAUUGCGCAGUUCAAACGCCAGUCGCAAAGUCUGAGACAGAUGAGUACUUCUAACUGCCAGCUAGAGAUUACCCUCUUCACCUGCAGAGCGGCCACGUCUGUUGUGAGACACAUCGAGGCGUUCCUUAAAGAUAUUGAGCUUGAAAGCAUAAAGAAAAUACAAGUUGUCACUGUACAAAGUUCAGAAGAACUGAACAAAAAAGAAGGUACUCCAUCCGAAAGUGGCAGUUCACCGAGUGGUGACACAAGCGAAUUAUUGGAUGGUAGUCUUGUAGAUGUCGUUUCCCUUGGGAAAGAUGUCCUCAGUUUUGAAAACUUUUUCAAGAUUUGGCUUCUGGACCGCAGCACAGACCAAGAACAUUUGCGGAUAAUUCUGCCUGGUGCAUUUACUCAGGACAGUGAAGGCGAUCAGAGUCAAGAUAAUGUCACCGAGACAAGUCUUUCUCUGAAGUGCGAUCUCCACGAAUGCCUAUUAGACCCUUUUCACCUGCCUUACCAAUCGCACCUGUGGUUUCCUGAAUUGAAUCGACAGACUGUAUGCGCAGAAUCGGCCAACAUCAACAGCAAAGGUGUGGCCAUAACAAAACCGCAUGUACUAAACUAUCCAGUUUACAAUUUAACUGCAAUGAAACUCGUUAAGACAGAGGCUGUCUGCGAGUCAGUGCUCUUCGGAAUGCCAUACAUUGUUCGACCAACGCUUUGCUGGAAAUUAGACUGGGAAGACCUGGAGAGCAAUCAGCAGCACUUUUAUGCCCUGUGCUCAGUGCUGAAAGAACGGGGCCUGUCCCUUUUAGCCAAGACAAAUGGCCCUCGUGUGGCUUUGCGAGGCUAUCCGCAGCAGGCUGUAACAUCCUCUCCUCACGGACAUUUCAUUUUCCUCCCUUCUGACAACUCACUUCUGUUAAAGUCCAUCGCAAUCAAGGAGUUAAUGCUACCUAGUGUUGUUCAAUCGUCAACGGAAGGACCGAGUGACGAUGCGCUAUCAGUUGUAGCCUCGUGUCUAGACCAGAUUGACGUCUGUGAUUCAUACAAUCCUCUCCUUGUUCAAUCCAAUCUUUACAAGUGUCUCAUAGCUCAAUCCAUCAAGAGUAAUCCUGCUUCAAAAUCGGUGAAAAGGAGAGUUCAGGCUCCCCAGGCUUCCAAGCAAGAAGGAAGGGGUAUUCAAUUGAUUACAAAUCAACAACCAAAAAGGACAACAUCUCGGGCUCAAAUGCAACAAGUGGUUUUCACACCACCUAGAGAGACUUUAUCUAAUACUGCACAAAACGAGUUCAGAUCUGCCGCCGCCGUCUUUUCCGCUUCCAAACGCUUCAGAUCAAAUUCUGCGGCGAAUCUGUACAACAGCAAACCACCAGUAUUUCCUGACAACUUGUAGUUGAAUGUAUCCUUAGAGGUCUCUUUCAUUUAUGAUUCUCCUCAUCGUAACGUGCUUCGC